CGGGGGCCGGAAGAGCCGAGCGGCCCGGCGGCGGCGGCGGCGGCGGCGGCUGCGGGCGCCAGACGGCGCGCGGCUGCGGGAAGAGCGCGGGCUCCGGGAUGGAGCCCCCGGAGAGCGCGGCGGAGCUCGAAGCCGACGCGGUGGAGCUGGGCGAGCCGGAGCUGCGACUCGCGGACCCCGCGUCCCCCGGCGAGGAGCCUGCGGACGUCGAGGCGGCGGACGCCCCCGGCCGCGGCAGGUGUUGGCCGCACGGAUCCUGGGUGUGCGGCUCGUCCCGGGAGCCGGAAGGCAAGAAGAAAGCACCCUGCCCUGGACUUGGCUUGUUUUACACAGUGUUGUCCGCCUUCCUUUUCUCAGUGGCCUCUAUAUUUGUUAAAAAAGUGCAAGACGUCCAUGCUGUAGAGAUCAGUGCAUUUCGAUGUGUGUUCCAAUUGCUAGUUAUUGUUCCUUGCUUAAUAUACAGAAAAACUGGGUUCAUAGGACCCAAAGGUCAGCGGCUUUUCCUUCUUCUCAGAGGGAUCUUUGGUUCCAGUGCCAUGAUCCUAAUGUACUAUGCUUUCCAGACAACGUCCCUCGCAGACGCCACAGUUAUUGCGUUUAGUUGUCCAAUGUUUACGUCAAUAUUUGCGUGGAUAUUUCUCAAGGAAAAGUAUAGCCUUUGGGAUGCUUUCUUCACGUUGUUCGCAUUCGCCGGAGUGAUCCUUAUCGUCAGACCGCCAUUUUUAUUUGGCUCCGACACUUCAGAGACGAGCAACAGCUAUUCAGAUCACAUUAAGGGGACGUUUGCCGCAAUUGGACAUGCCGUGCUGUCUGCAAUGACUCUGGUUAUCUUAAGAAAAAUGGGGAAAUCCGUGGACUACUUCCUGAGCAUUUGGUAUUAUGUCAUCCUUGGCCUUCUUGAAUGCAUCGUCAUCCUCUUUGCCAUAGGAGGGUGGAGUCUCCCUUACUGUGGGCUGGACAGGCUGUUUCUCAUACUCAUUGGACUCCUAGGUUUGGGGGGUCAGAUAUUUAUCACUAAAGCAGUGCAAGUAGAAAAAGCAGGACCCGUAGCAAUAAUGAAGACAAUGGACGUAGUUUUUGCUUUUAUCUUCCAGAUUGCUUUCUUUAAUAAUAUGCCAACCUGGUGGACAGUGGGUGGGGCUCUCUGUGUAGUAGCCAGUACUACUGGAUCAACCAUACGUAGAUGGAUCCAAAGUUCCAAAUGAAAUGUCACUGUUGAAAUCUAUAUUUUUUUAAAUAUGCCAUCACCCAGCUCGGACAUCUUACAUACCUGAAAAAUCUGCAUUAUUCGUUGAUUAUAUUUAAUAAAUUUCAUAAAUAAAGUACCAUUUUUUAAAAAUAUGAUAUUUUUUAAAUUAAGAGUAGCUAGUCUAGCCUAGCAGUUUUUGGAUAGCUUUUAUUUUUUGCUUUGGUUUCUUGAGGUUGGGGUGUCAUUGAAAAGAUAGCUUAUUGAGGAAUUUUAGAAAUUUUUAUGAAUACAAUUUUAAAACUUUAUUUUUGACACAGAUAAGCUAUGGAUGGGAAAUACUCUAUUUUAGCAGUGUAGAUAAGAAGCUUACUGUUGACAGUGCUGCUUUAAUUAGUUCUGUGUUAAUCCUUUGUUUGCAGUGUAAUUCCAUUUAGGAUGCCAAAGCCAAAACCUGGUACAGGUGCCUACUUACUGAUAGGACUAUAAGUAAACCAGCCUUAGUUUUACAAUGAUUAUUACACUUUUAACUUUCGUUUGUGCCUUUUGUUUUGAUGCCAGGAUUUUUAUAUCUACUCUCUGAACGGAGCCUUUCGCUCACCACAUGUGGUUAGCAGUUCUCUCUUUUGGUAUAUUAGUAACUCUGGCUACCAUUUUGAAUUUUUUAUUGUCUCCUGUGUCAUUGAAAUUGCACUAUUUCUUAAAACAUUCCAAGAUUGCCAAUCUUAAAAUCCCGAGAGAGAAAUCUUGGUGUGACCAGUGUGCACAUUCCCAUCCUGAGGUGUUUACAUGUGAUGGUUCUCUACAUGCAAUCUUUGAAUUCAUAGUAUGAUGCCAAAUACAGUUUUCUCAGGAUUGUUCUGGGUUGGGCCAUAUCAAAUUGCCCAGAUUGUACCAUUUUCAUUUAUGAAAAUCAUAGUUCUAAAAGGUGCAUCUGAAAAGCCCCUUUAAAGUACAGGUCUGUUAUUAUUAAACUUACUCCUGUAGUCUUCUUCCAUUUUGGAAUGAUAUUUUAUAAUGCUUGUGAUAUACAAAAAAAGAUAAAUACCUAUUAGUCCACAGUUGAUUGACUUUCACAGUUUCUUGCAUAUAUAAAAAUAAUCACAGGUAAUUAGAUUGACAAGCUGUACCAUGAUACUAGUGUGAACUCAAGAUAGUAGAUUCUAAAUGUGGAGCAUUAGCAGAUUGGUACUCUCCUGUGAAAGAGGAAAGCUUGGGAGAUCGGUCAGGGUGUUGGGAAUACAUGGCCAUGAGUCUUUGUCACUUUGGAUGCCUUUAUGGUAAGCCAUCGUGGCGGCCACGUCUUGCUCUACCAGACACCUUCUGCUAUUACCUUCAGCUGCAGAAUUGAGGGGCUGUGUGUUCUAGGCCGGUCUCCUCCCCACAGCUCUUCCAAAGGCAUCGUUCCAAAGAGGAACUUUAACUUUGAUGGUUUUAAAUACUUUCCAUCUGACAUCCUAGAAUAUAUUUAUUUAGCUGAGUCAUCUCAAUCACACUUGACCUGACUCAUACUCUUGGAACGCAGAUUUGCAGCCCUGCCAUGCCAGCAGCUCAGAAAACAUAGCCGGCAGCCUUUUAGAGCUAGAGCUACCUUAUAGACCAUCCCACGGGAGCCAUGCUCCGUACACAAGGAUGACAGGAUGGAGACCCGCGGUAGCUGGGUUUCCAUGGCCGCCUCUUCUCACUUAGUUCCACGUAUGGAAGGUCAGACAUUCCUGGAGCCAUUGACUAACUUACACAGUAGAAGAAAGAAUCGCUGGGAUUGUGGAAGAUAAACCCAUUUGAAAACAUGCUUUAUUUCAACUGAAUCUUAAGUACUUGAAUGUCACAGUAUGUGGCUGACAUUGGAGACAAUGUUUCUUAUCCCAACCUUUACAGGGUAUGAUUUUUAAACAAUGUUCAAGAGGUAUACAAGGUUAUGUAUUGUAACAGCUAUGGGGGGGGGGUAUGUAUUUUCCAAAGAUUGUAGUUUCUAUAUCUUGCAAAGGAAAAUAUUUUUCCUAACUUGUUUUUAUUUUGUAAGUAAUAAAAUUAUAAAAAAAGUGA